AAAAAGAACUGGCUGCCACGAUGUCAGUCUACGCAGCACACAGUAGGAACAGCAGUGAUAUCCUCGGUGCUCCUCCUUCCCAAAGGAGCUCAUCACCGAAGGACCUCAGCCACGGGAGCAGCCUGAGGCUGAAUUCGAGGUCGGACAUGUCAGAACGUGAGAACGAUGACCCGUUACUGAGAUCUGCGACGAAAAUCAGAGACAUAAAUUGCACUUAUGUUAUUUCCGCCUGUAAGACACCCGGAGAUAUGCCCCUUACCCCUAAGCCUGCAGGUAGAUUGACCCUUCAGAGAAGAGUGACAAGGGCCAAAGAAUUGUCAUCGCUUGGUAGCAAGGUGGGAGAGUCACCUGAAAAAAAGACAGAAACACGUCUGAGGUUACAGCGUUGUGCUCAGACAGGUUCUGGGGACAAGCGGACAACAGCUGGAACAGGACCUGUGGACAGGUGGACAACAGUUGGGACACGUUCUGUGGACAAGCAGACAGCGACACGGAGCGUGGGAGGUGCUGCAGAAAGCAGUUGUGCUUCUCGGGAAACCGGUAUGAACGUAAAGAUUGUCAACAGUGAUAGAAACACUCUUGUUGCACCUUCUACACCCUCAGCUGGAGACACAAAAGACACCGAACUGGUGGCCGAUGAAAAAUACGAAGGAAGAUUUUCUGCCCUCAGGCGGGCAAACGAGAGCGUGACUCGCAGGGACUUGAGUCACAGCACGCCCACCCGUUCCCAGAGUCAGACCGAGGCCGUGGGAUCGGGACACUCGGCCACAAAGCCCUUUCAGAGCACGUUGGACGUCAGAGUGUUGGGAACAGGAAAGUUACAUCACAGAAGCCUUGGGAAGGACGCUGCCAAAAAUACAAAUAAGUUUGAAAGCCUAGAAAAAAGGACACCUACAAAGCAUAUGGCGGAGCACAGAUGGGCCCCGAGGUGCGGCACGUGGCAGCCUCAGGGCCCGGCUGCGUCCCGGGAAAACAGGAGGCCCAGCUCUCAAGUUCAACAGAAGCCUGAACAUUCUGUUCUCAGAAACAAGAGGGAGGGAUCGCAGGAACACGCUGUUCCCCCCCAGGAGGAAGCUGCAGCUCUGAGCACCUCCACGGAGAGGGACCCCUUAAAAGUGGAGAACAGUCAGGUGACAGUGGCUGUCCGUGUGAGGCCCUUCAGCAAGAGAGAGAAGGUUGAGAAUGCGACCCAGGCUGUCUUCCUGAAUGGGGAAGAAAUAGCCGUGAGACAUCCCGACAUGAGACACGUGUACAGUUUUAUUUACGACGUCUUGUUCUGGUCCUUUGACGAGUGUCACCCUCGCUACGCCAGCCAGGCCACGGUGUACGAGGCCCUGGCGGCCCCGCUCCUCGCCCGCGCCCUGGAAGGCUACAACGCCUGCCUCUUCGCCUACGGGCAGACGGGCUCCGGGAAGUCGUACACGAUGAUGGGAUUUGGUGAAGAGCCGGGAAUAAUUCCAAGAUUCUGCGAAGACCUUUUCGCUCAAGUGGCCAAAAAACAAACCCAAGAGGUCAGGUACCAGCUUGAAAUGAGCUUCUUUGAAGUAUAUAAUGAAAAAAUCCAUGACCUUCUGGUUGGCAAAGGUGAAAGUGGGCAGAGAAAGCAACCGCUGCGGGUCCGGGAGCACCCCGUCUCUGGGCCGUACGUUGAGGCUCUGGCCGUGAACGCUGUCAGUUCUUACUCCGAUGUCCAGGGCUGGCUGCAGCUGGGGAGCAAGCAGCGGGCCACGGCCGCCACCGGCAUGAACGACAAGAGCUCCCGGUCCCACUCGGUGCUCACCCUGGUGAUGACCUGCACCCAGACGGAGCGUGUGGGUGGGGAAGAGCAUGACCACAGAGUUACCAGCCGCAUCAACCUGGUGGACCUGGCGGGCAGCGAGCGCUGCGGGCCGGCCGGGACCAGCGGGCAGCAGCUGAAGGAAGGCGUGAGCAUCAACAAGUCCCUGCUGACCCUGGGCAAGGUCGUGUCUGCGCUCGCGGAGCACGGGAGCCAGAGGAGGGUGUUCGUCCCGUACCGAGAGUCCGUCCUGACGUGGCUGUUGAAAGAAAGCCUGGGCGGCAACUCCAAGACGGCCAUGGUGGCCACGGUGAGCCCGGCCGCCAGCAGCGUGGAGGAGACGCUGAGCACCCUCCGCUACGCCCGCCAGGCCCGCAGCAUAGUCAACGUGGCCAGGGUUAACGAAGACACGAGCGCCCAGCUCAUCCGAGAACUGAAAGCAGAAAUCGAGAAGCUGAAAGCGGCUCAAAGAAGCCGUCUGAGUGUUGACCCCGAGCGAUACCGGCUCUGCCGGCAAGAAAUCACGUCGCUAAGGAUGAAGCUGCACCAGCAGGAGCGAGACAUGGCGGAGAUGCAGAGAGUGUGGAAAGAAAAAUUUGAACAAGCAGAAAAAAGAAAACAUCACGAGAUAAAAGAGUUGCAGAAAGCAGGAAUCGCCUUCCAAGUGGACAACCGCCUGCCAAACCUGGUCAACCUGAGCGAGGACCCCCAGCUGUCAGAGACGCUGCUGUACGUGAUCAAGGAGGGCUCCACGGCCGUCGGGAGGCGCAGCCCCGCCUCCAGCCCCGACAUCCAGCUGUCUGGGGUGCUGGUGGCCGACCACCACUGCACAAUCAGAAAUGUCGACGGGACUGUGAGCAUUGUCCCGGUCGGGGAAGCAAAGACGUAUGUGAACGGCAGACAGGUCUCGGAGCCCACAGCGCUGCACCACGGCGACCGCGUGGUCCUCGGUGGAGACCAUUACUUUAGAUUUAACCACCCAGCGGAAGUCCAGGAGGGGAGGAGACCGCCCGGGGGAGACGCCCUCGCCAGCGAGGCCCCAAAGGACUUUGAAUUCGCCAAGAAUGAGUUGCUGGCGGCACAGCGUUCGCAACUGGAGGCGGAGAUCAAAGAGGCGCAGCUGAGAGCAAAGCAGGAGAUGCUGCAGGGCGUCCAGAUCGCCAAGGACAUGGCCCAGCAGGAGCUCGCUGCUCAGAGAGCUGCCUACGAGAGCCGCAUCGGGGCCCUGGAGGCCCAGCUGAAAGAAGAGUCUCAAAGGAAGGAAAUGCAGGAAAUAAGUAACCAGAAAGCGACUCACAGGAUCGAGGAGCUGGAAAGGGCCAAGCGGCGGCUGGAGCAGGAAGUGCAGGCCAACAGGCGGCGCCUGGAGGUGGAGAGUCUGGCUGCAAAGCAGGCGCUAGAGGACCACAGCAUCCGCCACACGAGGAUCCUGGAAGCCUUAGAAGCUGAGAAGCGAAAGAUUGCUAAAGAAGUUCAAGCACUGCAGCAAAACCAGAGCAGCAGGGACAGGACGUUCACAGUUGCGACGAGCUGGGGCUCCCUGAAGCUCUCCAUGAUGAUCCAGGAGGCCAACGCUAUCAGCAGCCGGCUCCAGAGACAGUAUGUGUUUGGCAGACACGAGACGACAGGUAAAGGGAGUGGCCCUGAUACUCGCGUCCGGGUGGGGAACCUUCGCCUUGGCGUCUCCACCCUCUGGAGCCUGGAGAAGUUUGAGUCGAAGCUCGCAGCCCUCAAGGAGCUUUACGAGAGUAACUGUGGUAACAAGUGUGAGGACCUCUUCUGUGACCCCGAAGAUGAGUGGGAGCCUGACCUCACAGAUGCGCCCGUCUCCUCGAUCUCCAGGCGGAGGAGCAGGAGUUUGGUGAAGGACCGAAGGAUUUCCGGCUACUUGCAUAACAUCCAGGCUCACGCGGUUCAGGCUCCACAUUCGUCACGGUCUGCAGGCUCGGUGGAGAGACCAGGCUCCCGUGACUCCAGCUCCGCAGAGUCUUCUCUUCCUGGAAUUUGCAGAGAGUUGAUUGGUUCGUCUGUAGCUGCUCUCGGACAGAGCUGUGGAGGGAAAAGCAUGGCAGACGGCCUGGUGGACAGUUUCCUCCAGGUUCAGGACGGGCUGCUGGCCGUCUCCCAGGCUCACGAAGCCCAGGAUGAGGAGAGUCCGGACGACCUGUUCUCUUCCGAUCGCGCAGCCCAAGUGCGGGCUGUGCAGGUCGCGUGUGCCUUUGGGCAGCUUGCGGUGCUCGUCACGCACUGGCUGGGUGACGUCCCUCCCGGCCUCAGCACAGCCAGGCUUGGAGAGGAGCUGAGGCAGGAGGUGGAGAAGCUGGGCGGCUACUUGCAGGUGUUUUUGCAGGGAUGCUCUUCAGAUAUUCCAUCGAUGGUAAAAGACGCUCAGAAGAAAGUCAUCCAAACUGUACAACAAGCUGUGAAGUGUGUGGGACAGUUAGCGGUUCUGAGUGGGAGCAAACUUCAUCUCCUGGAAAACAGUGGUGACAAGGGCGCCGGCGUCCAGGAGGAUUUCGUGGGUGCUCUGUGGGAUGGAGCAGGCUCGGGAGGGAGGAUGCUGCUCGAUUCUGGAAUGGAAAAGGCAGGGGAACUUCGGCGCGAGCUCUUACGGCAGCGCCCCCAAAACGAGGUGGCCCAGCAGCUGAGCGCCAAGGCCGCGGCCCUGAUCAGGUGUUUUGAAAACAUCUUUGCCGCAUGGAAAACAAAAAGUUCCAGAACUUGGGCUCAGGAAGAAGAUUCUAGAUGCAAAGAGCUGAAGGAGAUGGCUGAUCGAGCCCCAGAAUUUUUGAAGUUAACACAUUGCUUAGAGCAAACUAUCCAAAUUGUCAUUUCUGCCCUGGAAGGACGCCGUGGUGACGGGCGCCUCCUCGGGAGCUGUGUGGAAAGUGUCUGCAGCUUGGCAGGGGAUGUCCACGUUGACGGUGGUGUGUGCACCGCAUCUGCUGGCGGCUGUGAGGACAACCACGAGGACCUCGAAUCUGUGGCCAAGUCCCUCCUCCUCUGCUUCAAGUCUGAAGACAGACCCGACUUGUUGAAACCCUGGGAAACGUGUAACCAAAGUAGAGAGGGGUGGCAGCCGUCCAGAGCCAGUGGGCCUGGGUCCGGCGGGAGGAAGGGUGUCCCCAAGCGCACCUACGUGCUGCCUUCCUGUCCCGCGAGGAGCUCGCAGGAGCUCGCACCCAGCAGGACCCAGUGGGUGUGAGGCUGUGGCAGAGAGGACCGGGUGGGCUGUCCUUGCGCAGGAAAAGAUACAAAGCAAGAAAUCGGUGUAAAUAUUCCCCUGAAAUCCGUGUCUGUUGCUGGCUACUCGCUGGGUCUGAUGGGUGGAGUUCCAGUGUCGGGGCUCCAAAUGUGCUUUGGACGGUACUCGGCAGCCAUUUGUAAACAGGCGUUUACAUAUUGAAACGUUGCAGCAAAUAGUAGCUUCUCAUUGCCAUGAAUUUUAACUACGUAUCUUUAACUUAGAUACACUGCCACUUGGUUCAUUAGUCUGUUGUAAACGGUUAUUUUUCUGAUGAAUGGAAUCCCAAGCAUCUGUUACUUUCGUGCCAGCGUUCUCUCCUGCGAGGUCAGAUGAGGCUGGAGGCGAAAUGGCCAGCCCGUGUUUACCUGUGGCAGCUUAGCUUGCGUCCUUCAGUCUCGCUCUCCUCUGAGUGCUGACGUGCCUGAAUAGUGUGCUCACGGGAAUCAUGUCCUGUUUCUGUCCAAAUUACAGGCCAGUGACAUGUGAGUAAUAUGGCUUUACCAGCAUAAUCAUUUCCUGUUAUCUCUGUCCCAUAUGGGGCUGAAUGAGAACAAUUUCAAACCAGUGAACCAUUUCCAGCAUCAUGCUCAGUUCUUGGACGGGGCUGGAGAUCAGAGGCCGGACCUCGACUUCACGUUUACAGGUGUAAUGGGAUGUUUGUAACGUGGUUUGAUGAAGAUGAAAGGUCCUUAUGCCAUUUCAGUUAAAAAAAAAAAAACAAAAAACAAAAAAACCCAAAAACUUUACAUCUACAAUCAGGUAAUAAAGAAGAUACCCUACUUUGGGGAUCUUACAUUAAGGAUCUAGCUUGACAUUUUGCACCACCACAUGUGCAUAAUUCUGUGGGGGAUACUGAGCAGCACCUGGAGAAGUCUUUAAAGAGACGAUCCUUUCACCUGCCUUUUCAUGAGCAGAUGCCAUGCACACAUCUGGCACAACUGGUGGAAAUGGGCACUUGCAUGGUGAAUAAACUUGAUUUCCUUGUUAGGACAGCUUGUGAACACUGGUCAUUCAUUUAGUCACAACCGUGUCGACAGACCACUCGCAGUGUUUUCUGGGGCUUUGAAAUGGUGCUGUGCAGCAAUUUGCUCUUUUUUUACAUUUCAUGUCUGGCAUUUGAGCUGGUAUCUUGUUGAAGCUCUGUAUUUUUUAUAGGCAGCGCUCUGCCGGGUGGCCCUCAGGCUCUGUCCAUAAGAGGGCUUUUGCUGAAGCUUCUACCUGUUUGAAGAACUUGCUAGAGUAUUGGUGUGUGUUGGGGGGUAACUUAAUGUUUGGUAUUCUUUACUUUCUGCUAUAUCACGACUUCAUUGGUCAGAAACCAUUUAGUGUCUGUAAAUUGCAGGAUAUUUAUAUAUUUAUACUCUCAAAUGAAUUGCUAUGUAUACAGUUUGUAAAUGAGGGGUGAAAAGUGUAUUUGCUACCAGAAUCAUGUGCAGUAAUGUUACAAAGGGCACUUUUAAUAAACCUUGUCAGGGGCACAAGUGUCUUGGCCUAAGGUUUAUUUAUUCCUGACUCAAAAUUACUAUCUAGCUCUGCCUUGAUAAUAGCUACC